CGAGAAAUAUCUUCAUCAAGCCGAGUUUUCAUGCUAAGGCGGCGUGUUGCGCCCCUCAAAUACAAGAAGAUGCUUAGUUUCUCGAAAAUUCGAUAGAAUAGCGUGUAUUACAAUGAAGGAAUGUUAUUUGGAAAGUGAUUAUACAAACUACGAAACUAUACAGCUGAAAAACACGGGUGCCUUAUUGCGCGUAACCACAGGCUCAGUGAUUUUUCAAAGCUGCGCCGUUUGUCCUUCAUUGGCAAAGAUGGUGGAUGUUUUUUAUUUGUGAUUCUUAUGACGAAGGGAGAUUCUAGUUAAUGCAAUAGACCCUUAUAAAAAAAAAGGCGGGAAAUAGAUUUUGAUUCCAUAUAUGUCAUGAGGUUUUCUACAAAAACUUGUUCUCUCUUAACAUCGUUCGAGGCUACGACGCUAGAAAUACAUAUCGACUUGGCAAAAUGGCGGGAAACUUAAACAAACUUAGCGUAUAUUCUCGUAGUUCAACGGUCCUUGAUAAUCUUAUCGCGGAUGAUCAUUCAGCAGAAGAGAAACCAAGUCCAACGAAAAAUAAACGAGGAGGCACGAAAAGACUCUCUACAUUAGAAAGGUUGGCUCAAGAAGGAGAACGAGUCACAAAGGAUUUAAAUGCAUCUGUUGGAGAAGUUGAAGGUAGAAGGCGCACACGUAGCUCAGCACGAGGCCUAACUUCAUCAACACCUGUACCAUCUCCACCUAAAAAAGAAAAGGAUACAUCGACAAAAGGUACUGGUCGUGGACGCGGGCGUCCUAAAAGGCAAGAAAAAAAUAAUGACAAUAAUACGGAUGAAGAAGCAGCUAAUAAUAAAAGUGAAAAACAUUCUGAAGAGGAAUCUAUGAAAAUGGAUGUGGAUGAACAUAAGGAGGAAACAGAAAAAUUGGCAGACAGCGAAGACAAAGGUGUUACAAAAUUAGAAAGUAAAGAAGCUAUUGAAAAGACUCUUGAUACUAAUUUCAAAGAGGAAAAAGUUGCAGAAGAAUCAGAGAAUUUUGCAGAAGAAAGCAAGAGUUCUAGUAUCAGUGGAAAAAAGGAGGAGGACAUAAAGGAUAGCUCGGAUUCGAGUCAAGAUGCAACAGACACAACAACAGAGGCACCACCUUCAUCUUCGUCAGAGUCUCAAAAUCUCUCUAACACCACUACUACUGAAGAAAAUAAGGAAUAACCUCCUUUUGCCUGUUUAUCAACUUCAU